AGUCGGUUGCGGAGUUGUUUGCACGACAUCGAGUCUCGGGCGCAGCACGUGUGCGAUGAUGUGGACUUUGCCGCCGUGGCGAAUGCGGCGCAUCACGCUGUCGAGAGUGCCGAGGAGUUUGUGCGGAAGGUGUGGGAGUGCGUGCACUUUAGCCACCUGCCGGCGUGGAUGCAAGACAACGAGUUCCUUCAUCGCUGGCACCGUCCACCGCUCCCAUCCUUCUCGGCCUGUUUCAAGUCCAUAUUUCGAGUGCACACGGAGACCGGGAACAUUUGGACCCAUUUGCUGGGAUGUUUGGCGUUCAUUGGCGUCGCAACCUAUUUCCUGACGCGGCCAAGCAUUGAAGUGGACAUGCAAGAGAAGCUGGUGUUUGCGGCCUUUUUUGCAGGCGCCAUCUUGUGCCUGGGCAUGUCCUUUGCAUUCCACACGGUGUCCUGCCACUCGGAAUUUGUCGGCAAGCUCUUCUCCAAGCUGGACUAUUGCGGAAUUGCCUUCCUCAUCAUGGGCUCCUUCGUGCCUUGGGUCUAUUAUGGGUUCUACUGCGAAUUCCUACCAAAGGUGAUCUAUUUGACGGUGACACUGGUGUUGGGGCUGUGCGCCAUCACAGUUUCGCUCUGGGACAAGUUUGGGGAGCCAGCGUAUCGUCCGCUACGUGCCGGCUUGUUCAUUGGCUUCGGUCUUUCCGGAGUGAUCCCUGCUUUGCACUACCUCUGUACUGAAGGCUGGGUCAAGGCAGCUACGGAAACAGCAAUGGGCUCUUUGGUCCUCAUGGGGGCUCUGUACAUCUCGGGCGCCCUCUUGUAUGCUUGGCGCGUACCCGAGCGUUUCUUCCCGGGCAAGUGCGACGUGUGGUUUCACAGUCAUCAAUUGUUCCAUGUGCUCGUCAUCGCUGCGGCCUUUGUCCACUAUCGUGGCAUCUCGGAAAUGGCCGUGUAUCGACUCACCAACGGUGUCUGCAGUGUUUGAAUGAAGAGAGCACCAACAACAGUGGGAAACACCAAGAGAAGAGAGAUUUUUAGAGAUGGAGACGGGAACAGGAGGAGAAAGAAACGAGUAAGAGGGACGAUCCCUGGGCUUCUCCUUCAGGAAUAACUAAAAUCAGAUUCAAAUCCUUCGUUUGAUUUUUUUCGCAGCAAUGUCCAAUGUUUCUUCCUGAUUUCGUGAACUUACUUGUUAUGGCGCAGGUUUCUUACCAGAAUUUUACCAUGUUCACUCGGAUCAAAAUUUCUGCUAGGAUCGGUUAGUUCAGUCUGGGCAGAUUUCUUCUGUGUGGUAGGUGAUUUGAGUGACACUUGCCCUGCUGAGCUUUGUAGUGAAGAAAGAGCCUUUCUUUUUACGUUACAGUAUAUCGUUACAAAAUGAAAACAAAUGUUUCUUCCUGGACAGAAAGUUGUUCCGAGGAAAUUUAAUUACUGUACUAAACGUGAAGUGAGCAACACGUGGAAAUCAUUUUUAUUCAAUGAAACAAAGAACUAGUGUGCAAGAGUGUCCUUGGUAUUUUCUAGAAUAAUCGUCAUUGUUGUUCCGAAUGGAUUUCGUUUGAGAGGGAAACAAGUGGAUCAUGGAUUAGAUAUCAUUGUUCGCGUGGAAACAUUGAGGAGGAGCGUUUUAGAUUGUCACAAAUCCAUGGUGGUUAUUGUUCUCUGGACUUGCACUGAACAACAAAGAAUCUUCAAAGAUGAUGUAAUACUCUACAUUGUCGCUGUUCGCUGAAAAACUUUUUUAUUAUAUACUUAUCGGAUGCAAAUGGGAAAGCAUUGUUUUCUUGUUGAGGCAAAAAUUAAUGUAAUGUUGCCACUCACUGUGCAUAUCCUAUUGUUUCAAAUGAAAGUGGGAAAGAUGAACUACAACAUCCUUAUACAGUACUCAAAAAAUAUGCCUCCUUCUUGGCCAUCUUGUGUAAAAUUCGAACUCUGAACGCCAUUAAACUUCUCUUUGUAGCCUGCAGGAGAAUAGGGUUACUAUAACAUUAAACCAAUUAAACAACAAAGUUUUUUCUUUUACUGUGUUAAGAUUUUGUUUCUUGAGCUGGGACUUAUCUAUUACUUCAUGAUUUUUUGGAAUUCUGUGGUUGGAGUGUGACUUGAUGCACAAUAUUCUAGAUUUUUCUGAUUGUCUGUUCCUUGUGAAUUUUCAAAAUUUGUCUUCUGCGAUGUUUUCUCCCCAUUGAAUAUUAUAAAGUUGUUAAAGUUGUUGUGUUUGCUUGUUGAUUUUAAUCUAAAUCCGAAUGCUCCAGUAUCCCUCUAUUGUUGAAGUCGAUGUUAUUCUCAAAACUCUGCUGGUAAGUAAUUUAAUGUAGUCUGUAUUGCGAGUUUAAAUUUUUCAUGAGCACAGUCUGAGGUGGAUUAAACUUUCUAAUGCUCCGGUUUAUUCAUGAGGAAGAGUUUUUUUUUUUUUCCUGAAGAAUUCGUCGAACAGUUCAUGUUCAUUCCGCGGAAAGUCUCAUGUUCUGUGGGGAAGCCUGGGUUUAUUUUCUCCCUCUCUUUCUCAAACAGAAGUGCCUAAAACGGAUUCACCGAGAUGAAAGAAGGGUGUAUUCCAAAGUGCAAAUUGCGAGGAAUUCGGAAAAGUAUCAAGUUUUGAUUGGGAAUAUGUUUGUGAACCAAAAAAAGCAUAGGUCAGGAUUCUGUUUCUUCUUUCCGUUUCCUCGACACAAGUGAUGUGAUAGAUGUUUUUCUAAAAUGCCACACCAUGAGCUGUAUCCUGCGUGACUUAGUUUUACUUUGUGGCGGAUGGAUUGUUUAACCAAGGUUUUUUUCGUUUAUCGAAGCCUGAAUGAAGAAGUCGCUAGUAUUUUUUUUUAGAGUGAUGGUUUACGUUGUGCCGUGUGUAGAAAAAUGAAUCCCCGUGCGGCUAAUUCCGGGAAAAACGAGAAUUGAGUUUGGACUUGAUGGGAAUGAAACAAAGGAAAAUGUACCAAUGGUUUUGGAAGAACA